GCAUCACCACUACCUCGCUGCGCCGAUCACUCCCCCCCAGCACGUCGCUUCACAGAGUGCUCGUCUUAACGCCGUCUUCCCUGCACGCCUAACCGCUGCUCUCCUCCCACCACCAACUCCCAUCGAAGUCUCCUCGCCUUGCCUCUUCCCACGCCGCCCUUCCCGCGCAGCAGCCCUUUCCGCCCCACACCAGUUUCACAGUCCGCGGUCAUGCCCGCCACACCACCGCCAGACGGCGCUAUCGCCAGCAGGGCGGGGGAGCAGUUUGGGGGCCGGGCCUCACCGCGCGUGAUUCACGUUCUGCGCGAGGAAGCGGGCGGGCGGAAGCUGAGCGACGCGUACUCGUGCGUGGUGGUGGGGGGCACGUUCGACCGCCUGCACGAUGGGCACCGACUGCUAUUAAGGACAGCAGCAGCAGCAGCGCAGCAACGAGUGGUAGUGGGAAUCACGGUGGGGCGCAUGCUGCAGUCCAAAGAGCUGUGCGAGCUGAUCCAACCAUUCGAGCAGCGCCAGCAGGCCGUCACCCACUUCCUCCAGGGGGAAAAGCCAGGCGUGAGGGUGGAAGCAGUGGCCAUAGAGGACCCCUUUGGCCCCUCCAUCACUGACCCACACAUGGACGCCAUUGCUGUCAGCGUUGAGACGGAGAAAGGAGGCCAUGCCGUCAAUGAGAAGCGCGUGGCCAAUGGGCUCAAGCCCCUAGAUGUGAUUGUGGUUCAUCUAGUGGACGAGGGGGGAGAGCACGUAGGCAUGGAUGAGAAGAUUAGCUCCACUCAGCUCAGGCAAAGGGAUAGGCAGAUGCUUAACACGCACUAGAGCAUUUAUACUUCUCGAACGACUUGGGUCCAACUGUUCAGUCUCGGUACGGUAAGAAUGUUGAAACAAAACAAGGAAAGGAUAGCUAACCUCAUAAUGAGGAAAAUAGUGUCAGAAACCCAGUCACUAACCACUGGGUUAAAAGGGCUUGUUAAUAGCGGGUUAGUGCGCCCAUAGCCCCCUAGGCUCUGCACCUGUGGCCCUUCCCCGAGGAUCUCAAGGGCAACCCCAGCGGGUCACUCAACAAAUAGGCCCCGCUGCAGGCCUAACGUUUCAAAAAAACCCCCCCUG